UUGAGGGAGGGGAAACACACCAUCGAAGAGGGGAAGAAACCGGAGCACCUCCUCCCCACCGCUCCCCCCGCCGCUCCUCUCUAUCUCCUAUUCUCCCCGCGUGCAUCAUCAUUCCUGUGGAUGCUCCGGGAUGACAGCGUGAAGCGGGGCCAGGAGCUGUCGAGGUACACACACGCCCGCCCGCCCCCGCCCCUCUUUCUCCCUCCACGGCCGUUUUCAUCGACUCGGAUGUGGACAUGAAUUCGGCGGAGCAAACGGUGACAUGGCUCAUUACGCUCGGCGUGCUCGAGUCGCCAAAGAAGAGCAUUGCGGACCCGGAGGCUUUCCUGCACAGCUCCCUCAAGGAUGGCGUGGUGCUUUGCAGGCUCCUGGAGCGCCUCUGCCCCGGAUCCACGGAGAAAAUCUACCAGGAGCCCAAGAACGACAGCGAGUGUCUGAGCAACAUAAAGGAGUUUGUCAAGGGCUGCACAUCUUUCCGUGUCGAGCCAUUUGAGGCCAGUGACCUCCUGCUCGGUCUGAACUUCUCCAAGGUGCUGAGUAGUCUCGUGGCUCUGAAUAAAGUGACUGCAGAUAUCGGCGUGGGCAGUGAUUCGGUGUGCGCCCGACACUCGUCAGCCCACCGCAUCAAGUCCUUUGAGUCUCUGGCCUCCCAGGCUUCACUGGCUCGAUCCUCCAAGCUGCUGCAAAACCAGUUUCGCAGUCUGGACAUGUCAGAGAACAGUGGGCAGCAGCUGCUGGUGAAGGCGCGUUUCAACUUCCUCCAAACUAACGAGGAUGAGCUCACCUUUAACAAGGGUGACAUCAUUGGCGUGACUCGUCAGGAGGACGGGGGCUGGUGGGAGGGGACCCUCAACGGCAAGACGGGAUGGUUUCCUAGCAACUACGUCCGGGAAGUCAAAGGCUCUGAUAAGCAAGUGUCACCCAAAUCUGGUACCCUUAAAAGUCCUCCGAAAGGCUUUGACACAUCUGCCAUUAGCAAGACAUACUACAACUUGGUGUUGCAGAACAUUUUAGAAACAGAGACUGAAUAUUCCAAGGACCUUCAGGUCCUCCUCACAAAUUACCUGCGCCCCCUUCAGAGCUUUGAAAAGCUGAGCGGCUCUGAUCUAUCUCUGAUUCUGGGAAACCUGGAGGAGAUCAGCACCUUUCAACAGAUGCUCGUCCAGUCACUGGAGGAAUGCACCAAGCUUCCAGAAAGUCAGCAGAGGGUGGGCGGUUUCUUCCUCAACCUCAUGCCCCAAAUGAAGGCUCUUUAUGUGGGCUACUGCUCCAACCAUCCCUGUGCAGUGAACGUACUGACGCAACACAGCGAGACGUUGGGGGAGUUCAUGGAGGGCCGAGGUGCCGUCAGCCCCGGGAUCCUCACUCUGACCACUGGUCUCAGUAAGCCUUUCAUGAGACUCGACAAAUACCCCACCCUGCUCAAAGAGCUGGAGCGCCACAUGGAGGAGAGUCACCCUGACAGAAGUGACAUCCAGAAGUGCAUGGCCACUUUCAAACAUCUUUCCGCGCAGUGCCAGGAGGUACGCAAGCGGAAGGAGCUGGAGCUGCAGAUUCUGACCGAAUCCAUCCGGCUGUGGGAAGGUGACGACAUCAAGACCCUGGGCUCUGUGCUCUACAUGAGCCAGGUCCUUGUGCACACUCCCGGGGCAGAGGAAAGGAGUGAGCGUUACCUCAUGCUUUUCCCCCACGUCCUCCUCAUGUUGUCGGCCAGCCCCAGGAUGAGCGGCUUCAUAUUCCAGGGAAAACUGCCUCUGGCCAGCAUGUCGGUGAGCAAGCUGGAAGAAUGUGAAACCCACAAAAAUGCCUUUGAGCUCAGCGGCCCCAUGUUUGAGCGUCUUCAGGUGUCGUGCACCAGCCAGCAGGAUCUGCAGGACUGGGUGGAGCAUCUAACGCGGCAGAUCAAGCACACUGCAGCUACAGCGCCGAGCCACAAACCUCUCACUGUUCCCUGCCACACGCUUCCAUCCCAUCCUGUCACACCGUCCCGGCACGCCGAGGGAAGGGCCAUGACGGUGGCCCCCACCUACCACACCCUCCCUCACCCUUCCUCCCAUGGGACAUCUCACAGCACCAUGAUGUGGGGCCCCCUGGAACCUCCCAACACCCCCAAACCCUGGAGCUUAAGUUGCCUGCGGCCCGCACCCCCGCUGCGACCCUCUGCGGCCCUCUGCUACAAGGAGGAUCUAAGCAAAAGUCCCAAGAGUGUCAAGAAACUCCUUCCCAAGCGCAAGCCAGAGAGGAAACAGUCUGAGGAGGAAUUUGCCUUGAGGAAGAGUACCGCUGCCCUGGAAGAAGACGCCCAGAUCUUAAAAGUUAUUGAGGCCUACUGCACCAGUGCCAAGACCAGGCAGACACUCAACUCCACCUGGCAGGGCACCGACCUGAUGCACAACCACGUGCUGGCCGACGCGGAUCGGCCCUCUGUGGACUCGCCGGGUCGCCGCAGCAGCGUGUCGCGACCGGAGUUGAGCUCCGACCUUUCGGAGGACUCGGACUACGACUCCAUUUGGACCAGCCACUCUUACCGAAUGGGCUCGGUGUCACGCAAGAGCUGCUUCUCGCACCAAAACUAAAGAAUUCUCCGUGCUGCCACGUGGCAUGCUUACCUCUUUUAUCAUCUCGAUUCGUUUUUUUUUUUUAAUCUAUUUAUUCUGUUUUGGUUAACUUAAUUGGCUUUAUUUAUUGAUGGACAGUUUGAGAAGGUUUAAUGCAGCUCCCUGUUGCCUUUGCCCCCUUUCCCCCUUCUAUGUGCCUCGUCUCUUUCUGUAGCUGUCAUGCAGUAAGCGUUUGCCCGUUCCUCUCCAUUUGUUCAUCUUGAAUGUCACCCCCUCGUUUGAGCACAAACGUGACAUGGGGAACUCUCGUUUUUGCCCCGUAGCGUGAGAAUGAGAGAGAGAUGUUGGUGGAAUUAAAAAAAAAAUAAUAAUUAGAGGCUCCUCUUACCCUGUCUGAUAUUCAGAUGUAGUUCAGGAAGGAGUCAAUUCUCUUGGAGGGUGUUUGGCUUCUAUCUUCAUUGGUGGUUUUGGAGCGUGUAUGCUUGAUGAACACAUAGCACAGAUGGCACAACUUCAGCCAUGAUCUCUGUCCCUGCUGCCAUUUAAUACAGCAGCAUGCCAAUUGAACCCCACAUGCCAAUCUAUAAUCACUUUUAUUGAGGGACAACAAAGCUGUAGGAAACCAAAUGCCUUUUUGGUGAUAAAUGAUUGUGUUCUACAAUUUCAAAUGUAGUGAGAAAUUUUGGAAAUGGACACACACUACUUUCUUUCAGGUCCUAGUUCAUCGAACAUGAUGACGGACAUGAUCGGCCCGAUGCUGACUUUAAUCAUAAAAGACAAAAAGUGCAACAUUUCGCUCAAUAAUUUGAGUUUGGAGCCCACUUUUGCUAGCAAAAUAAUUGGUGGGUUUAAAAAAACGACUUAGCCAGACUAGGUAUUUAACUCUCUAGUUUGAUUGCUAGGCUAAAUUAUGCUAAGCUAAGUUCUAUCUACCUCCACCUCUGUGAAAACAUAAACAUUUGGAAUACAAGAUUUAAAAUUGUGGUAGAGACUUGACACUUUUCCCCAAAUUUCCAAAAAGUAAUAACUUAAGUAGAAGGCUGUCAAAGUUUGACCAGAUUUAUUCACACUUUAAACAGACAACCAUGGCGAGCUAACAUGCUAACUGCUGUUUAGCCUCAUUAAAAGUCCGGCAUGCCUCCGUGUUUUCUGGCUUGUCACUAUUUUUCUGACAAAAGUAUUUUUCCAGUGUUGGUACUAAAAAUUCUGGUUGGCUUGUGUAGCCAUAUUACAUAUAAUGGUCCAUGUUACGUUUUUUGUUCUAUUUAUUUUUUGUAAUCUUUUUAAUUUAUUUAAAUUUUUACAUCAGUUUAUUAAACCAUGAUUUUUUUUUUAUUUAUUUGGACAAAAAGUGAAGUGUUCUAAAUUAUUUUUGCACAAUCAUGUAACUGGACAGUGGGUGGAGUGAGAAUGUGUCAAAUGCAAAAAUCUUUUGUCUUCUACCUAGAGUGUGAAUGAUAUAGUUCCUAAAGGGAGACUUUUAUUAAAUAUUGUGUGUUUCUGUAAAGUAAAGUCAUGUGGUGUAAUGCCUUCCUUCAGCAUUGUGUAAGAAUUGAAGGGCCACAAAAAAUAUUUUAACAGAAACAUUUCUAUGGACGUACUGCUUCAAUCUCAAAAUGUGCUCCGGUUUAGGAUUGAAACGGAUGUAUGAACAUGCUCAAAAUUUAAUACCACCUUGAAGUGUAUGUAUGAACUUCCUUAAUCUCACAACAUUGGUCCAAGGCCGGCAGAUUUGAAAUGUUUAUAUGAAUGCUCUGAAUCUCAGAAUAAUGUUACAGUAGGUUUAAAAGUGUUAAGAGUACAUCACCCGUCUCCUGUAAAUAAUAUAGUUGUUAAUUACCUUGGGGGGAAAAAAAUAAUAAUUUAGUGAGCUGUAGGAAUAUCACUGUCCUGUAUCGUGCUAUACUUUGUGACAGUUGUAUUCAGUGGAAUCAACAUUUGGGACAUGCAGAGUGAAGUCUGUCUUGAACUAUCAUUGUCCUUGACGUACGUGUCUCAAUAACUCAUUAACGGCGCCUUGAGAGUGUUUGUUAAAUACUUGGGGAAUUGUUCAAGUCCUAAAACGGCUGGAUUAUGAAUUUGGAAUAAAUCUGUUUUUCAUCUC